CUCAGUUGUGACCAACUCCUCCCUCGCUUUGCGUUCCGGCGAGAGAUCGCUUGUUAAAUAACUAAGUAUACUUCAGAACUGUCCCGUCUGCAUCAUUUGCGAGAGGACUAUUCCAUUGUGAUGGAGAUCGCCUCCGCCGUCCGAAUCCCGUCGCCGGAGCCUGACUCCCCAGAGCCACCCCGCAAGCGCGAGCACUCACCCGCUGAGGCUGGGCCGUCGAAGCGGUCGCGGCGAUACGGCCACGACGCAGACGACGAUUACCCACCUGAACGACCCCGAGAACGUGAGCGAGAACGUGAGCGAGACAGAGAUGAGAAGCCAAUGCGACGCGACCGAGAGAAUGGCCGUCGGCCUGAUGCCGGCAACGACCCUCGCGUCGAAAAUGAUGACCCGCGCUUUAGAAUGUUUCAAAACGCCUUCAGCGCUCCCAAGAAGUUGCCCAUCGAUGACUCCAAAACACGUGCUGGCGGGGCCUACAUACCACCCGCGCGGCUGAGGGCUAUGCAAGCUGCCAUCACGGACAAGAACAGCCCGGAGUAUCAGCGCAUGGCGUGGGAGGCCCUGAAGAAAUCGAUUCAAGGCAUGAUCAACAAGUGCAAUGUUGCCAACAUCAAGAUGAUCGUCCCGGAGCUGUUUGCAGAGAAUCUGGUCAGGGGCCGAGGCUUGUUCUGCCGGUCCAUUAUGAAGGCACAGGCUGCGAGCUUGCCCUUUACCAACAUCUAUGCAGCCAUGGCGGCGAUUGUGAAUACAAAGCUCCCACAGGUCGGCGAUCUACUCGUCCGGAGGCUGAUUGUGCAGUUCAGGAAAGGCUUCAAGAGGAAUGACAAGGCCGUGUCGGUGGCUAGUUCAAUGUUCCUGUCGCAUCUAGUCAAUCAGCAGGUCGUCCACGAGGUCAUCAUUGCGCAGAUGCUCCUUCUCCUCCUCAACAAGCCGACAGAUGACAGCGUGGAAAUUGCCGUGGGGAUUAUGAGGGAAGUCGGCCAGUUCUUGGAUGAGAUGAACGGACCCAUCGCAAACUCCAUUUUCGACCAAUUCCGCAAUAUUCUUCAUGAAGCGGAUAUCGACAAGCGAACGCAGUACAUGAUCGAGGUCCUGUUCCAAGUUAGGAAAGACAAGUACAAGGAUAACCCAUCCAUAAAGGAGGAGCUAGAUCUCGUGGAAGAGGAGGAUCAGAUCACACAUCGGCCAACUCUUGAGGAUGAGAUCAAGGUCGAGGAGGGCUUAAACAUCUUCAAGCUUGAUGCCGAAUACGAGGAGCACGAGGCGCAAUACCAGAAGCUAAAGGCUGAAAUCCUAGGAGAGGCUGAAGGAAGCGACGAGGAUGAAUACACGGAUGCAUCUUCCGAGGAUGAUGACGAGGAGAAGGAAGAACGAGCUAUGGAGAUCAAGGACCAGACCAACGCCGAUCUUGUCAGCCUGCGCCGGACCAUCUACCUCACCAUCAAGAGCAGCGGUGGCUUCGAAGAAUGCUGUCACAAGCUUAUGCGCGUCAAACUUCCAGCAGGCCUCGAAAAGGAGCUCACAUCCAUGAUUGUAGAAUGCGCAAGCCAGGAGCGCACUUACGAAAAGUUCUAUGGCAUGGUUGGCGAACGGUUCUGCAAGCUCAAUCGCAUGUGGUGUGAACUCUUCCAAGACGACUUCGUCAAUUACUACGACACAAUCCAUCGCCUAGAAACCAACCGUCUCCGAAUUGUCGCGCAGUUCUUCGCCCAUUUGCUUGCUAGCGAUGCAAUUGGUUGGCAUGUAUUAUCUGCCAUUAAGUUGAACGAAGAAGACACCACGUCCAGCUCUCGGAUCUUCAUCAAGAUUCUCUUCGAGGAGCUUAUGUCAUCUCUCGGUCAAAAGACGCUGGUAGAACGCCUGAAGGAUCCAAUGCUCCAAGAAGACCUCACCGGCCUCUUCCCCACUGACGACCAGGUCAACACGCGUUUUGCCAUCAACUUUUUCACUGCUGUUGGUAUGGGUGUGCUCACUGACGACAUGCGCACGUUCCUUGCGAACAAUGCUCCGCAGCCGAAGGCGCUACCGGAACCAGAAGGCGAGAGCGAUUCAGAGAGUGUCUCGUCUUAUUCUUCGUAUUCGUCGCGCUCGAGGUCAAGAUCUAGGACGCCAAGACGGGGGAGGUCUGUCUCAGAUUCCCGUUCACGCUCCCGUAGUCGGUCAUACUCGUCAGAUUCAAGAAGUAGGUCGCGCCGACGAAGUCCUUCGGUUUCCAGAUCUAGGUCUCCGGCUCCGAGGAGGAGGAACUACGCUUCUUCUCGUUCUCGGUCCCCCGCUUCUCAUCGCCGUAGAUCCAUCUCAGCCCGUGCAGAUUCUCGAGACUCCCCUUCGAGAAACGGAUCACCCAGAAGACCUCGUAGGCGUGGCCAUUCGGAUCCCUCCCCUUCCAGAUCCAGGUCCCGAGCUCCAAGGAGGAGGAGGAAUUAUUCAUCGAGUCGCUCAAGGUCCCCUGCGCCAAGACGCCGUGUGCGAAGUCCGUCGAGUUCAGUGGCGCGGUCAAGGUCGCCGGUUGAGAGGCGACGACGCCAUUCUAGCAGUGUUUCUAGGUCGAGGUCGCCACUACGUCGUAGGAAGAGGGAUUCGAGCAGCCCGCCGCCACGUCGUAGGAGAGAUUCAAGUAGCCCACCGCCCAGGAAGAGACGGCCUUCUAUUAGUCCUCCACCGAGAAGGACGCAGGCUGCUAACUAGAAUGUUUCGAGGACUUGAGGUUGGGUGUUCGGCUUGGUGAUAGUACUGCACUUGGAGAGAGACAGGGACUAAUUUGUCAAGGCUUGGGGAUCAUUAUAAAGAUACGAAGUGUAUUGUAGAAAAUCAGUCCGC